AUGUCCAAACGACUCCCAACUGCCUCCGUCAAAACCAGCACAGAUGCCACAAUCACCGCUCUCCAAGAGAAGCUCUCCCAAGUGGAAAAGGAAUUCAACAAGUUGAACGAGCAGAGAAACGCUCAAAGAGACACUCUAAUUCAAGCUUUUUUCAAAAAAGAUAAUGAAUUGAAAGAGAUGAACAGAUUGAGUAAAAUAGGUGGAGCUGAAAACGAGCCCGAACUUGAAAAGCUUAAAGCGCAGCUCAAAGAGAAAGAGCAGAUAAUUGACGAGCUGAGCAAAAAUGAGUCACUUCUCAUCAAGUCGUUUAAGAAAGAGCAUAAAGAGCUCAUCAAAAAAGAGCGUGAAAAGCUCAUCAAGCUAUUCGAAAGAGAAUAUGACGAGAGGUUUUUGGCACAAAAGAGAAGUUUCAAUCAGAAACUUAGCAAGCAACACCAAGAGCUCAGUGAAAAAUUGGCUGAGAAGAAUCAGGUCAUCAAGGAGAAAAAUGUGAAGAUGAAUGAGAUGAUUGCAGAGAAAAAGGCUGCAUUGAAAGCUUUGAGGCGCGAACACCAAGAGUCAAUUCAAUGCACAAAGAGAAGGAUAGAAAAGAAGUUUGCGAGAAAGUUCGAAAGAUUUCAAAAGUUUCAUGAAGUCUCAAGAAAAUGUUCACUCAAUAAGGAAAGCGUGGAUCUAGUAUCGACACACGAUGGAUUAGAUGACGAUGAAGAGUAUUUCUCCUGCUGUGAAGAUUUUGAAGAGGAUGAAGCCACGACUACAACAGGAUCUCCAGCACCAAACUCAUGUUCCAAUAAUGAAGAUCUUGCAGAGGAACUCGCUCAAACGAAGAAGGCUCUAGCAGAUCUCGAGUUGUCAAUGAAGUCUCAUACUGAUUGGCUCUGUUCAUACUUGGAUAACAAUUCCGUAAUGAUCAGCCAGACAUUCUUUGGCAAUGAAAUAUCACGGGACAUUGAGGAAAAGAUUGAAGAGUUGGAGCAACAAAUCAAAAAGUCUGAAAACGAUAGAGAUAUGGCGGAUUUCAUGGCAGAGAUUCAGAGGAUCGAACAUCAACGAGAGAUCGAUAAUUUGGAGUUGAGACUGAGAGACGCCUAUACUCUUAGAGAUAUGAUUUAA